CCCUCCUGAGUGGAUUGCUUCUGCUGCAGCUUCUGUGUCAUUAUGGUGGCCGACAACUGGACAUCGAUGGCGUCGCUGGCGGUGUUCCUCGCCUCGCUGGUGCUCCUGUGGUUGUACCGCUGCCGCACGUACUUCGCGCGCCGAGGCGUUCCGUACCUACCGCCCGUGCCCUUCGUGGGCAACAUGCUCCCUGUGGUCCUGGCUCGCGAAGCCCUGUCCGAGAGGGUGCUGAGUCUCUACCGCCAACUGCAGCCACAUGCUUACGCAGGAGUUUUCUACUUCAGAGAACCCGUCUUUAUGAUCAACGACCCAGAGAUCAUUCGCGCAGUCACCGUCAAAGACUUCGACCACUUCAACGAUCACUUGCCAUUCGGGGUCACCGAUAGAGCUAAUCCUCUGUUCAAGAGGAUGCUAUUUUGUCUAACAGGAAAAGAAUGGCAGGCCAUGCGCUCGACACUCUCUCCAGCGUACACGACAAUGAAGAUGAAGAACAUGUUCGUGCUGAUGUCUGAAAUUGGCCUGCAGGUGGUUGACUAUUUGAUGAAAGUAACCAACGAAGAUGAAGACGGCUCAGUGACACUGGAGAUGAAGGACUUCUACGCCCGCGUGACAAACGACGUAAUAGCUUCAACGGCCUUCGGUUUCCGAGUUGACUCCAUAUCGAACCCGGACAAUGAGUUCUACCGCAUGGGACGCGACCUGACAAACUUCAGCGGGCUGCGGGGACUCAUCGCCAUAGGCUAUAUGAUAUUCCCGAGGCUUAUGGAGUUUCUGAACGUACCGUUCUUCCAUCCCAGGACGGAGGGAUUCUUCAGAUCCCUGGUUUCUGAGGCAAUGAGAGUACGUGAAGAACAGAAAAUCGAGAGACAGGAUUUGAUUCAAUUACUUAUGCAGAUCAGAAGUGGUGAGCGUGCGUCUCAAGCAGAUGAAGACGGAAGAAGCUCUGGAAGGAAGAGAACAGUCUUGGAUGAAGACGGCAUCGCGGCCCAAGCGAUGACUUUUUUCUUCGCCGGUUUCGAGACUGUAUCCACACUGAUGACAUUCUGCAGCUACUUGUUGGCCACGCACGAGGACGUGCAGUGGAGGCUACACCGGGAAGUGAAGGACAUCGUGGAGGGCAGCGGCGGGCAGCCCAGCUAUGAAGACGUCAUGGGGUGCCAGUAUCUCGACAUGGUCAUCUCAGAGACGCUGAGAAUGCACUCUCCAGGGGCUGUGCUGGACCGCCAAUGCACACGCCCGUACGUGCUUCCAGCCACAGAGACUUGCCCAGGAGUCGAACUGCGACCUGGAGAUGGCAUCUGGGUGCCCGUCCACGGCAUCCACCGCGACCCCAAGUACUUUCCGAAGCCAGAUCGCUUCGACCCGGAACGAUUCAGCCCGAAGAACAAGCACCUCAUCAAACCAUUCACCUACUUCCCAUUUGGAUCCGGACCUCGCAGCUGCAUUGCUCAAAGGUUCGCGUUACUGGAGACGAAGGUGCUGCUGGUGCAUCUGUUGUCUCGGUUCCACCUGCAGCUGGAUCCAAGGACCAUCAUACCACUAGAGCUGGACACCAAGAACUUUGGGCUGAACAUCAAGGGUUGGACGUGGCUGUGUCUGCGGAGGAGAAAAUGACUGCUGUUCCGGAAGGCUCUGAGAUAAACAUCUGCGAAACAAAUAAC